AUGAGCCCCAAACAGGGCCCUGAUAAGGAACCGCUGGCCAGGAAGGGUUUUUCUCUCUACUCUUUCUCCUCCGAGGAUGAGGCCAUAUCAGAAGAAGAGGAAGAAGACAUUGGAGAUGAGGACUUUGAAGAUGAGUUGAUUGCACCAUGUCACAGAAGGGGGAGUGAAGAUUGGCACAUUGCCCUAUCAUCGCUGCCCAGAACUACACAGGUGGUGUUUGAUAUCCAGUCAGGAAAGGCAGUCCCUCGACUAAGGGAACCCCGGAAUCUUUAUGGAAUGACAGGAUGGGGACCUCAAAACAUACCACGCUGGCCCCACGAGUGUGAGGUCAUCCCAGAUAAAAUCCAUCACAUUGAGUGGGCACCAUGCAGCCCAGAGCCCAUAUAUUACCCCUGCAGUCUGAAGAAAGUGCCCCUGCAAGAGACCGUGCCAAGGGAGGCCACUCUGGUGUACAUGGCAGAUGGAGCUGAUAUGGAGCCUUUUUUCAUCUGCUCACGUGCUGGGGGAAGCCGGGGACCCCUGAAGCCAGCAGCAGUCCCGAUCGUAGGUCCUGGAGACUCCACUCUCCAGUUUGAGGCCAGAUUUGAGAGUGGGAACCUGCACACAGCACUCAAAGUGGGUGAAUACAAUUAUGAACUGACCUUGCGGACUGAUCUCUACACGGACAGACACACACAGUGGUACUAUUUCCGUGUCAUAAACACACGAGCCAACAUGCGUUACCGCUUCACCAUCACCAACCUGCUGAAGAUGACCAGUUUGUAUGCAGAGGGGCAGCGCCCCCUUCUGUACUCCCAGAAAGAGGCAGAGAGUCAGGGGGUGGGCUGGCACCGUGUGGGGGAAGAAGUGCGCUAUUACCGCAAUGGGAGGCAGCAGUCUGGCCAGUCUUGCUACUCACUGACUUGGACCUGCACCUUCCCCCAUGACAAGGAUACCUGUUACUUUGCGCACUGCUACCCAUACACUUACUCCAACCUGAGGGAAUACCUGUCAAGGAUUUCCCAGGAUCCUGUCUGCUCCAGCUUCUGUAAGAUCAGGACACUGUGCCUGUCUCUAGCUGGGAAUCUGGUGCCCAUUCUGACCGUGACCAGUCCUUCUCUUGGGAAUCAGAAGGGAGAAAGGAAACCGGCCGUGGUGUUCACUGCCCGCAUUCAUCCUGGAGAGACCAACAGCUCCUGGGUGAUGAAGGGGAUCCUGGAUUUCCUGCUGGGGCCCUCUGCUGAUGCUGCACUCCUGAGGGAUUCCUUUAUCUUCAAACUGGUGCCAAUGCUGAAUCCUGAUGGAGUCAUAGUUGGAAACUACCGGUGCUCCCUGACCGGCCGAGACCUGAACCGCAAUUACAAAUCAAUUCUAAGAGAGUCCUUCCCCACAGUGUGGGCCACUCGGGGCUUCAUUCGGCGGUUGUGUGAAGAACGGGAGCUGCUGCUGUACUGCGAUCUACAUGGUCACAGCCGCAAGGCCAACGUUUUCAUAUACGGGUGUGAGAGUGAUGACCAAUCAGAACUCUGCAAGAGAGUCUUCCCACUGAUGCUGAGCAAGAAUUGCCCAGACUUGUUCUCAUUUCAGAGUUGCAAGUUCAAGGUACAGCGCAGUAAGGAGGGGACAGGCCGCGUGGCUCUGUGGAGGAUGGGCGUUACAAACAGCUUCACCUUGGAGACCUCAUUCUGUGGGUCAGAUCUAGGGCGAAGAAAGGGAACCCACUUCUCUACAAGUGACCUGCAGUCAGUCGGAUUUCAUUUCUGUGAUACUCUGCUAGAUUACUGUGAUCCUGACAGGAGCAAGUACAUGUUUUGCCUGAACGAGCUUGAGAUAAUGACCAAGCAGGAUGUCUCCUUGAUGGACAAGGCAGUGGCAAGUGAAGCAGGAUCAGGUGCUUCCCCCAGUGACCAUGAGGCCAGCUCCAGUGGAUCAGACAGCUCAGACUCAAAUGGGCUCCCUGCCCACCUACAUGCCCUUGCUAGCAGGUGCACAAGCGGCCAGCUUUGA